AUGGGUCCAAAGAAGUAUGCCAAGUUACAACAUGGUGAACCGAAGACUCCAGAAGCUAACCCAGUUAAGCCUCAGAGUGGAAUAAUUGAUGAUGGUGACAAGAUUUUUGACCCAGUCGGGCAAUCAAAAUUUGUUCCAGAGAACCGUCGAUAUUAUGCAGACCAUCCAGAUUUGGCCCAGUACUAUGAACCAUUGAAGCCCACUACCCUGCACAAAUUGCUGAUGCGAAGUAGGCAAAUCACCAGCUUCAUGUUAAAGCUAACAGAGUAUGAUCAGGAUCUGACCUUAUUGAUUAUGACCAACAACCCACCUCCCUGCUGGAUCAACCAAGAAAAGGACGGUGCUCCCAGAUACUUCUCCAAGGAGUUACUAUUCAAGGAAAUCCACCAUCAGCAUAAACCCACCCAGAACUUCUGCCUGCCCCUGAUGCCCCAGAAAAAGAAAUGCAAGUCUGGGCCGAAACCAAUCUUCUCUGUGAACCUGUUGGAUGAUCCUACGUCCAAGCAAGAACAAUGGUUUAGGUUUUCCACUGACAAUGACUUCAAGAGUGAAGGGAAGUACUCGAAAAUCUAUGCUUUGAGGAAACAGAAAAAAAUGUACCCUCAGCUCAUCUUUGCCCCAGUUUGUACAAGAGAUAAGAGGAAGGAUGUUUUCAAGAAGUCAGAGAAUGAAAUGCCAACUUCCCAGGUGCGUUGGGAACCACUCAUACUUUCAUCGCUUCUGCAAGAGAAGCCCACCAGAAGCGCGCCCGGGGAAAACGCCUUCCGCAACGGAAGGGCUCAGCAGUGGAUUAUCAAAAAUGCCAUUGUCACUAAGUGA